AGAGCUCUAUCCCUGCCAGAGUUCUAGGCUGGGGCUGUGGUGGGGGCUUAGCCCCUUGCAGCCUGUGAGUCAGCACUGUCCUCGGGAUUGGUCUCUGGCCUUAGCUCUCCGCCCCUGGGGAGGAGCCAGGCAGCUCUGGGUCCAGCCUGUUCUCUUCUCAGCCCGAGAAGAGGCUCCACGCUGGGCGGGGAUGGGGCCUGGAACCAUCUGGGUCUGAGCCGGGGGCGCUGGCGCCUCUUGUCCCUCACCCUCCCCAGGACCCUUGAGAUCCUGGGCCAUAGAGGCCCGGUCAGACUAAGGGCCUGGGGAUGCCCCCUGCCUGGCCCCCUUGCCCUGACAGGCAGGGGGGCCGGGCUGGGCAGCAGCCUCCCUCUCACAGCAGCCAUGGAUCUCCUGCCCCCCAAGCCCAAGUACAACCCACUUCGGAAUGAGUCUCUGUCAUCGCUGGAGGAGGGGGCUUCGGGGUCCACCCCACCGGAGGAGCUGCCUUCCCCAUCGGCCUCGUCCCUGGGGCCCAUCCUGCCACCUCUGCCUGGGGAUGAUAGUCCCACCACCCUGUGCUCCUUCUUCCCCCGGAUGAGCAACCUGAAGCUGGCCAACCCAGCUGGGGGGCGCCUGGGGCCAAAGGGGGAGCCAGGAAGGGCAGCUGAGGAUGGGGAGGGGAUCGUAGGGGUGGCCAUGCCAGACUCAGGCCCCCUGCCCCUCCUCCAGGACAUGAACAAGCUGAGUGGAGGCGGCGGGCGCAGGACUCGGGUGGAAGGGGGCCAGCUGGGGGGCGAGGAGUGGACCCGCCACGGGAGCUUUGUCAAUAAGCCCACGCGGGGCUGGCUGCAUCCCAACGACAAAGUCAUGGGACCCGGGGUUUCCUACCUGGUUCGGUACAUGGGCUGUGUGGAGGUUCUGCAGUCAAUGCGUGCCCUGGACUUCAACACCCGCACCCAGGUCACCAGGGAGGCCAUCAGUCUGGUGUGUGAGGCUGUGCCCGGUGCCAAGGGGGCGACAAGGAGGAGAAAGCCCUGUAGCCGCCCGCUCAGUUCCAUCCUGGGGAGGAGUAACCUGAAAUUUGCGGGGAUGCCAAUCACUCUCACCGUCUCUACCAGCAGCCUCAAUCUUAUGGCCGCGGACUGCAAACAGAUCAUCGCCAACCACCACAUGCAGUCUAUCUCCUUUGCGUCCGGUGGGGACCCGGACACAGCUGAGUACGUCGCCUAUGUUGCCAAAGACCCGGUGAAUCAGAGAGCCUGCCACAUCCUGGAGUGUCCCGAAGGGCUCGCUCAGGAUGUCAUCAGCACCAUCGGCCAGGCCUUCGAGUUGCGCUUCAAACAAUACCUCAGGAACCCGCCCAAGCUGGUCACCCCUCAUGACAGGAUGACUGGUUUUGAUGGCUCAGCUUGGGAUGAGGAGGAGGAAGAGCCACCUGACCACCAGUACUAUAAUGACUUCCCCGGGAAGGAACCCCCCCUUGGGGGAGUGGUGGACAUGAGGCUUCGGGAAGGAGCCCCCCCCCUUGGGGCUACUCGACCCACUCCACCCAUUGGCCAGACCCCCAGCCACCUGGGAGCAACGCUGCCGGUGGGGCAGCCUGUUGGGGGAGACCCAGAAAUUCGCAAACAGAUGCCACCUCCACCACCCUGUGCAGCAGGAAAAGAGCUCUUUGAUGAUCCUUCCUAUGUCAACGUCCAGAACCUAGACAAGGCCCGGCAAGCAGGGGGUGGGGCUGGGCCCCCCAAUCCUGCCAUCAAUGGCAGCACGCCCCGAGACCUCUUUGACAUGAAGCCCUUCGAAGAUGCCCUUCGGGUGCCUCCGCCUGCCCAGGCCGUGGCCAUGGCUGAACAGCUCCGAGGGGAGCCCUGGUUCCACGGGAAGCUGAGCCGGCGGGAAGCUGAGGCUCUGUUGCAGCUCAACGGGGACUUCCUGGUGCGGGAGAGCACGACCACGCCAGGACAGUAUGUGCUCACUGGCUUGCAUAGUGGGCAGCCCAAGCACCUGCUGCUGGUGGACCCAGAGGGCGUGGUUCGGACAAAGGAUCACCGCUUUGAGAGUGUCAGCCACCUCAUCAGCUACCACGUGGACAAUCACUUGCCCAUCAUCUCUGCGGGCAGUGAACUGUGUCUACAGCAGCCCGUGGAGCGGAAGCUGUGAUCCAUCUCAGUGCUUUCUCCCCGAAGGGGCCCUCCCACCCCUUCCACCCUAUUCCUUGAUUCUCAGGACCUCAUUUGGGAGUGUUCUGUGGGCUUGGCCUUGUGGUGGAGCCCCGAAUAGUGUGGACAUGGUUCAGCAUCCGGCUGAAUGCGAGGGUUUGUCAGUAGCCGGGGGUAGAAUCCUGUUUCUCCCCAAACUUUACCAAAGUAUUACUGUACAGAGUGGCUCCCUUCCCUGGGCCUUUCCUGUGCCAAUCUGAUACCCCCUUCCCCAAGAAGGCGGGUGCUUGAGGCCUAGGCAGCAUGCCUCCUUGAAGUGAGAAAGGCCUAAUGGGGCAAUCACCUUUCCAGGGAAGGGGGAAUGAAUCACGCCUUUGGUCUACCCCUGGGCUCAGGGUACCCCAGACCCCUCUCAACAGCCCUCCCUCCAAGUGGUUAAACUUUGUGCCUUUGACCAUGUCCUAGGUCUGAAGAUAUUUUAUGCAAAGAGUUCUUGAGCCCCUGAGGUCGAGGGUGUGGGGGUGCUGACACCUUCUUGGCUUCUGGGACCCUGUCCUCUCCUUGCUCAGCACCCCCUCCAGUUUGGGUUGGGAAAACAGAGGCAGGAAUGGCAGCUGUCCCCUCUCCCUGGGGAUAGGCAACCCUUAGAGAUUGCCUCAGAGCCCCCCUUCCUGGCCAGCGGGGGGGAUGGACCCCUCCCUUGCUCAGUGCCUCCUGGCCAGGGGGGGGCCCCUCACUCAAGGGGUCUGUAUAUACAUUUCGUAAGUCGUUCCCCCCCCCCCCCCCCCCCGAUGUUGCAUGCAUAUUAUACUCUACAGCCAAAGCAUAGUCCUUGGUCCUGCAGCCUCUACCCCUGCCGCCUCCUACUGGGGUGGGCAGGUGGUGGGGGUGGGGGCGGUGACUGGAUUCGGGCCUCCUCAACUGGUAACUCUCCCAGGCGGAUUUGUGGAGGCAGGAACGGGGGCAUUGAGACGAAAGCAGUAGACAAUCCCCAAAUGCCAUCUGUAGAUUUGGGAAGGCAUUUAUUUUAUAUGCAUAUAUUUUAGGGCUGUAGAUUUAUUUUCCUUGUUUUCCAUGGCUUAUCUUCAGCACAAAAUGACAAUAAUCAAUUACGUGUACACGUCACCUCUGACUUUUCAAAGCCCUUUUACAAUGAUUGGCAUUUUCCUCCUCCCAGCCUUCGAGGCAGUUGGGCCCGACAGCAUUCUCUUUUCUACCAGAGACCGGGGUCUGAGAAGCAGAUCCUGAGCCAGGACUGGACGGAGCGAAGCGGGGGGGCCGCAGGGGUGUGAGCAGCUUCACACCUGCAGUGACAGGCCCUGGUAGAGGCCGCCUGCGCCACCCCGCCGGCCCGGAGCCCCGGAGCCCGUCCUGCCGCUGCGAGUUUAGGUCUCGGUCCUGGCCUUUUCGCUUCGUUUGACACGGUGUCUCCACGGGUCUCACUAUACCAAAGGGAAAUCCUCUUCAUUAAAGUCCCUCUUUCUUGUA